AUGUCUGCUCUUAAAGUCAUUGCUCCUUCUUCCGCAACAAGCAAGCGCCCUUCGUCCUUCUCUCAGCCAUAUCCAUCGCAAUCUUUACGCAUGUCGCUUCGUCGCACUACUUCGUUUCUCUCCUUGUCAGACUAUGAAGGUGACGAGGAUACCUUGUUACAGUCUGGCCCCUCUUCAAUUUACGCGAAGACCCAACCUCCCCUCGUUCCCUACACUCGUACUCUGUACCACUACAAGGAGCAGCGUGAACGCCGUAAAGCUGCGCUCAGCCGCAGCCGUCCUGAGUUUACAAUUGCUCCGCCCUCCACCAAGCAGCCCAUCAAAUCAACUCCUCACCCGCCACCCAAACAAAUGACAGGACUGCGCACCUCUUCCCCUUUAUCACCCACUCAGAAACUUCUUCCACCCCGCGCUUCUUUCCCUCGCUCGAAGCCGGAGCCGGACUUGUACCGGAUCGCAAUUAAAGCCCGCAUGCGAUGCUCCCCUGAAGGCGCGAAGAUUCUUCGCAUGGGUCCUCGCAUGGCUGUGUCUAUUUUAGCCGCUACUCGGGACCUCGAGAUGCUUGUGUCAACACAGGAGGUGACGACUGGGAAAUGGUUGACUGCAGUGCAUGAUGCUCUUACAAAUGAUCUGACGAUCCGGGAUGACCUGAACGAAUCAGAUCUGUACAGGAGCAAUCACAUGAAGUUGUGGCAUUUUUAG